UCUAUUUAUUUACUCUAUUCAAACAAAAUUGCAUAUAGUAUAGAAUUUUAGUCAUCUUGAUAUUUAUUGAAGUGGAUAAAUCUUCAUUUGCGCGAACCAACCAACUACCUCAACAAAUUCUAGAGACUUUAAAAUUGAUGACUAGUGCAAGACUUCCACGUGUCAGUUUAAUAAAGACUGUCACCCGAAAACAGUCACAGCCAGUCACAUGAUAUGCUCUCGCGGCACACUUUCCUGGAAUAUUAAAACCUCACGGCGUGAAACUUCUUUCGCACAUUUUCUAGCUACGGUCGCUUAGCUCCGAUUGGUUCGUCGUCACCAUCACUCGUCUUCAACGAUUUGCUUCUUUUUUUUUUCUCUCUAUUUAGUCCCAUUUUCCUCAAUUUCUAAACCCCUUAUUUCGAAAUCAUUGUUUUGCUCUUUCUUUUGAUUCGAAUUCGACAGAACAGCUCUUUUAAGUUAUUCAUAAACCUUGUGUUUGAGUUUUGGUCCAUCGAGUAUAUGGGUCGUGGCUCAGUAACAUCGCUCGCUCCUGGGUUUCGUUUUCAUCCCACAGACGAAGAACUCGUUCGUUACUAUCUGAAACGAAAGAUCUGCAAUAAACCUUUUAAGUUCGAUGCUAUCUCUGUUACCGAUGUAUACAAAUCUGAGCCUUGGGAUCUCCCAGACAAGUCGAGGCUGAAAAGUAGAGACUUGGAGUGGUACUUCUUCAGUAUGCUUGAUAAGAAGUAUAGAAAUGGAUCAAAGACGAAUCGUGCGACUGAGAUGGGAUAUUGGAAGACUACAGGGAAAGAUCGAGAGAUUCUUAAUGGUUCAAAAGUCGUUGGGAUGAAGAAGACUCUUGUUUAUCACAAAGGUCGAGCUCCUCGUGGCGAAAGAACCAAUUGGGUUAUGCAUGAGUAUCGGUUGGUUGAUCAAGACCUUGAUAAAACUGGUGUUCACCAAGUAAGACUUUGAUCUUUUUGAGUUCCUUGUUGUUUAAUGGGAUUUGUGUUGUUGACUUUGUUGUGGAAUUGUGGGAAGGAUGCGUUUGUGCUUUGUAGGAUUUUUCAGAAGAGUGGCUCCGGACCUAAAAAUGGAGAGCAGUACGGUGCUCCGUUUGUUGAGGAGGAGUGGGAGGAGGAGGAUGAUAUGACAUUUGUACCUGACCAAGAAGAUCUUGGAAGUGAAGAUCAUGUUUAUGUCCAUAUGGAUGACAUUGAUCAGAAGUCUGAAAACUUUGUGGUCUAUGAUGCCAUUCCUAUUCCGUUAAACUUUAUUCACGGGGAGUCGAGCAAUAAUGUUGAAACAAACUACUCAGACUCCAUAAACUAUAUACAACAAACAGGAAACUAUAUGGACUCUGGUGGCUACUUUGAGCAACCAGCAGAAUCUUAUGAGAAAGAUCAGAAGCCUAUCAUCCGUGACCGUGAUGGUAGCCUUCAAAAUGAAGGAAUUGGAUGUGGGGUCCAGGACAAGCACUCGGAAACUUUGCAAUCUUCUGACAACAUCUUUGGGACUGAUACAUCAUGCUACAAUGAUUUUCCAGUUGAGAGCAACUAUUUGAUUGGUGAGGCGUUUCUGGAUCCGAACAGUAAUCUUCUGGAGAAUGAUGGUCUGUACCUGGAAACAAAUGAUCUCAGUAGUACUCAGCAAGAUGGUUUCGACUUUGAAGAUUAUCUUACCUUCUUUGAUGAAACUUUUGAUCCUUCGCAACUGAUGGGAAAUGAAGAUGUUUUUUUCGAUCAAGAAGAGCUCUUUCAAGAGGUUGAGACUAAGGAACUAGAGAAAGAGGAGACUUCAAGAAGCAAACAUGUGGUGGAAGAAAAGGAAAAGGAUGAAGCAUCUUGUUCAAAACAAGUUGAUGCAGAUGCAACAGAGUUUGAGCCAGAUUACAAGUACCCGUUACUAAAGAAGGCAAGCCACAUGUUGGGUGCUAUUCCUGCUCCGCUUGCAAAUGCUUCUGAGUUCCCUACAAAGGAUGCAGCUAUCCGGUUACACGCAGCACAAUCAUCAGGUUCAGUUCAUGUAACCGCAGGUAUGAUCACGAUAUCAGACAGCAACAUGGGCUGGUCAUACGGCAAAAACGAGAACCUUGACUUGAUCCUUUCUUUGGGGUUGGUCCAAGGGAAUACCGCCCCCGAAAAAUCAGGGAAUAGUUCAGCAUGGGCAAUGUUAAUAUUCAUGUGUUUCUGGGUUCUUCUACUCUCAGUUAGUUUCAAAGUGAGCAUUUUGGUCUCUUCCAGGUGAUAGGUAACCCUUUCUUGUUCAAACAAGACUUUUGUGUUUGUACAUUGAUAUAGAUGAACUUGCAGUGUUCAAUGUUUUAUUCUCUAAUAAUAUUGAAUAAACCCCAUAUUCUAUCAUGGUUGACACCCCAAAAAAUCGCAUUUUAUGUCACAAAUACAAAAUAUUGUAUAAGUAUGUUCGAAUCGGGUUCUUAAUUUGAUUUUAGUUUGGAUUCUUUUCUUCUAUUGUUUUAAGUAGAUUAGCUUGUCUGUGGAGGACCACCAAUAUAUGAACGAACUACGGUUAACAG